CCACCUGUUUUUCACUAAAACCUCCACGGGCUUCCAGGAUGGACACAUCUGGUAUUCGGUCUUCUGUAACUCUCGUCGGAGCAGCUUCACACGCGUGCAGAGGGUGUCCUGUUGCUUCUCUCUGCUUCUCUGCACCAUGCUAACCAGCAUCAUGUUCUGGGGCAUCCCUAAGGACCCAGCUGAGCAGAAGAUGGACCUGGGCAAAAUUGAGUUCACUUGGCAGGAGGUGAUGAUUGGGCUGGAGAGCUCCAUCCUUGUGUUUCCUAUUAACCUCCUGAUUGUCCAGAUCUUCCGGAACACCAGACCUCGGCUCCCACUAGAGAAGGACGGAAGACAGGAGCAGGGACCCCCCAAUCUGACUCCCUCACUGCAGCCCAUGGAUGAGGGAAUUCGCACACUUGAAAUGGGAGUACAGAGUCUCCUCAGCUCACUGUUUAAAGCUCUGAAGGUGCCGCCACCAGCCUCAGGCUGGGACUCUAUGAACCUGAUGGACAUUAACUACCUCCUGGCCUUAAUGGAAGACCUCGUUUGUCUAGAGAACACAACAGGACAGGGGUUCUUGGAGGAAGCCAAAGAGAGAGAGGACCCUUUCACUUCCACACCUGGGUCUGGACAACUGAAAGAAAACACAUGGCCCCCCAGGCCCAAGCUGGCAGCAAGUGGGCUUUGGAAGGAUGGCAUCUACAGGCAGUGUCUCUACCUUCAACUGGAGCAUGUGGAGAGGGAGCUGCAGCUGGUGGGGCCCCAAGGCUUCCUGCAUCACCAUAGUCAUGCCCAGGCCCUCAAGCAGCUGCAUGUCCUGAAGGGCCACCUCUGGGGACAGCCUGGCACUCCAGCAAGAACAUAUGCCAGCACUCCUCGGGCCAGCAAGUCCCCUCGUGGACUGCCCUGGUGGUGUGUCCUAGUGGGUUGGCUCCUGGUGGCAGCCACCAGUGGCGUGGCAGCCUUCUUCACUAUGCUGUAUGGCCUGCACUAUGGAAGGGCCAGCUCUCUCAGGUGGCUCAUCUCCAUGGCUGUGUCCUUUGUGGAGAGUGUGUUCAUCACCCAGCCCCUGAAGGUCCUGGGCUUUGCUGCUUUCUUUGCGCUGGUCUUGAAGAGAGAAGAUGAUGAAGAGACUUUGCCCUCAUUGCCAAGACAUCUGUCUGGUCCAGGCUCCCAUGCCAUGUUCCGAACACAAAGAUGCAGCAGCAAGGAUGCUUACCAGCCUCCUCUCACUGACGCCAUCGAGAAGAUGAAAACCACUCGCCUCCAGGAACAGAAAGUCUUUGCUCUCAUCAGAGAAAUCCUGGCUUACCUGGCCUUCCUGUGGAUGCUGCUGCUCAUAGCCUAUGGGCACAGGGACCCCAAUGCUUACCACUUCAACAGACAUCUGGAGCAUAGCUUCACUCAAGGCUUCUCAGCUGUGCUGGGUUUCAAAGAGUUCUUCGAAUGGGCCAAUACCACUCUUGUGAAGAACCUAUAUGGUCAUCACCCAGGCUUUGUCACUGAUGGGAACUCCAAGUUGGUUGGCAGUGCCCACAUUCGCCAAGUGAGGGUCCGGGAAGGCUCUUGCCCUGUUGCCCAGCAGCUACAGGCUUCUUUCGAUGGAUGCCACGCACCAUACUCCCUGGAUGUUGAAGAUCUGGCAGACUAUGGAGAAGGCUGGAAUGUCUCUGCUGGCAAUAACAGCAAUGGCUUUCUUCGGGUGUGGCAAUACCAGAGCCAGAGCCAACGUCAGGGUUAUCCCAUGUGGGGCAAACUUACUGUGUAUGGGGGAGGAGGCUAUGUGGCCUCCUUGGGAACGGAUCGCCAAAGUACCACAAGGAUUCUCCAGUAUCUCUUUGAUAAUAGCUGGCUGGACACCUUGACCAGAGCUGUGUUUGUGGAGUUCACUGUCUACAAUGCCAAUGUCAACCUGUUCUGCAUUGUCACACUCACACUGGAGAAUAGUGGCCUGGGUACCUUUUUCUCACACGCCGCCCUGCAGAGCCUGCGCCUGUACCCCUUCACUGAUGGCUGGCACCCCUUCGUGGUGGCAGCUGAGUUCAUUUACUUCCUCUUCCUCUUCUACUACAUGGUGGUGCAGGGCAAGCUCAUGAGGAAACAGAAGCGGGCUUACUUUUGCAGCAAGUGGAAUCUUCUUGAACUGGCCAUUAUCCUAGCCAGCUGGAGCGCCCUGGUGGUGUUUGUGAAGAGGGCUAUCCUGGCAGAUCGUGACCUCCAGCGCUACCGGAAGCACAGGGGCGAUGGGAUCAGUUUCAGUGAGACAGCAGCAACUGAUGCUGCCCUUGGUUACGUCAUUGCCUUCCUUGUCCUGCUGUCCACAGUGAAGCUUUGGCACCUGCUCCGCUUGAAUCCCAAAAUGAACAUGAUCACAUCAGCACUACGACGUGCCUGGGGUGACAUUUCAGGCUUUGUCACCGUCAUCCUUAUCAUGCUCCUGGCUUAUUCCAUUGCGUCAAACUUAAUAUUUGGUUGGAAACUCCGUUCCUACAAAACCCUUUUUGAUGCAGCAGAAACAAUGGUCAGCCUUCAGCUGGGGAUCUUCAACUACGAAGAGGUCCUAGACUACAGCCCAGUUCUUGGCUCCUUCCUCAUUGGGUCCUGCAUAGUUUUUAUGACAUUCGUGGUACUGAAUCUGUUUAUCUCUGUCAUUCUGGUGGCCUUCAGUGAGGAGCAAAAUUAUGAUCAGCUGUCGGAGGAAGGAGAAAUGGCAGAUUUGCUCCUGAUGAAAAUCCUCAGCUUUUUGGGUGUCAGAUGUAAAAGAGAAGAGCCGAAGAGCAGCAAUGAGCAGCCAGAGUUGUCCUCCCAGGGUCUGUCUCCUCAACCAGCACAAGCUUUGCCCAGAAUUUAAACUGUUCAUCUACAUGUUGGGGAAGACCAGAGCUUCCAGCCUAUUCUGAAGUCUCACGGGAGGACUGGCUUUGCUGUCUAUAGAGGAGUUCUGGAAUCCAGCUAAUAAGUCACAAUGCAUACAUACAUAAUAGUGAGAGAGCCUGCGUGUUCAAAUGCAUUUCC